AACAAUAUAACUGUGGCUGUCUGUCCACAGUCCCACGACACAGAAACUCACUUUAACUGCUGUAAACUGUCUCAGGAGGACUUUAGUAACUAGUAACUGAAUCUGGUUUUCAGUUUAGUCUCACUCUGACUUUCCUGUUUUUGUUACUGUUCAUUGAUCACUUCCUCUAUUUCCUCUAGUAGUUUCACAAUAAGAGUUUAUGGCUUUUAUUGUGAAGCAGCUGGAGGAAAUGUGAUGUGUUAGUCAUCAGUAAGCAGAGCUUUGUUGUCAGAGCUGUUCUUUAACUCACUUUGGACUUAUUCUGUGCUGCUUUGCAAGAGGAGCGAGGUUGAGUCUGUCGGCACGACUUUGAUCUUGGUUUCUUAUGUCAAAGUUAAAAGCUUUUACCUUACAUUUAAUUUAGCUGACACUUUUAUCCAGCGACUUACAAUAAGUACUAACAUGCUAUCCUUUUUUUACUCAAGAUAUAGUCGGAAAAGAAGUGUUUUUAGUUUGCGGUGGGAGAUUUAGAGACUCUGCUGUCCUGAUGUCAUCGGGAGCUUGUUUCACCAAUGUGGAGCCAGGACAGCAAACAGUCGUGACUUUGUUGAGUGUUUAGCUCGGAGUAACAAGCCGAUUGGUAGAUGCUGAGUGGAGUGAACGGGGUGGGGUGUAAGGUUUGACCAAGUCCUGGACGUAGACCCAUCUGUUUGCAGCUCGGUACGCAAGUACCAAUGUUUGGGAAGGGUGAGCAAAUGAUACAGCCUAGAGAGUUGGUGUAAAAAGAGAAGAGGAGGGGAUCCAGGACGGAGCCCUGAGGUACCCCACUAGUGAGAGGACAAGGUUCAGACACAACUCCUCUCCAGGUUACCUGGUGAGUGCGGUCGUUGAGGUAGGAUGAGAAGAGGGAGAGAGCAGAACCUGAGAUACCAGGUCCUGAAGGGAGGACAUGAGGAUCUGGUGGUCCACUGUGUCAAAUGCAGCAGAAAGGUCUAGAAGGAUAAGGACAGAGGAGAGAGAGGCUGCUCUAGCAGUGUGAAGGUGCUCAGAGACAACGAGGAGGGCAGUCUCUGUUGAGAGGCCCGCCUUGGAACCAGAAAUUAUUUUUACUUUUCAACAAAUUAUUGAAUUCUAUUUUGAACAUGUUCUUCUUUUCUUCCUCAAUGUGUGUAGAUAUGGCUUCUGCAAACUUUCUGCUGUCUGAAGAUCAGUUCCUGUGCUCCGUCUGUCUGGAUGUGUUCACUGAUCCAGUGAACACACCAUGUGGACACAACUUCUGCAAAAAGUGCAUCACUGAACACUGGAAUGUGAGUGACAGGUGCCAGUGUCCCAUGUGCCAAGAGGUUUUCACCACCAGACCAGAUCUGAGGGUCAACACCUUCAUGUCUGAGAUGGUUUCUCAGUUCAGACAGUCGACUCAGCAGAAAGCCAGCAGCAGCAGCUCAGAGCAACAAGAGUCCAGACCAGGAGAAGUUCCCUGUGACGUCUGCACUGGAACCAAACUGAAGGCCCUGAAGUCCUGCCUGGUGUGUCUGGUCUCCUACUGUGAGACUCACCUGGAGCCUCACCUGACAGCUUCACGCCUGAAGAGACAUCAGCUGAUGGACCCUGUGGAGAACCUGGAAGACAGGAUGUGUCUGAAGCACGAUAAACCUCUGGAGCUGUUCUGUAGGACCGACCAGACGUGUGUCUGCAUGCUCUGCACUGUGUUGGACCACAAGAUGCACAAUGUUGUUCCUCUGAAACAAGAAUGUGAAGGAAAGAAGGUGGAGCUGCAGAAGACAGAGGCUGAAACUCAGGAGAUGAUCCAGAAGAGACGCCUGAAGAUUCAGGAGGUCCAACACAACGUGAAGCUCAGUGAGGAAGAUGCAGACCGAGAGAAAGCAGAAGGUGUUCAGGUCUUCACUGGUCUGAAGGAGUCUGUGGAGAGAAAACUGAACGAGCUCAUCACUACGAUAGAAGAGAAGCAGAGAAGCACCAAGAAACAGGCUGAAGACGCCAUCAGAGAGAUGGAACAGGAGAUCUCUGAUCUGAUGAAGAGGAGCACUGAGGUGGAGAAACUCUCCCUCUCUGAAGACCACCUCCACCUCCUCCAGAGUGUCCAGUCCCUCAACAUCCACCAUCCACCACCCACCAAGGACUGGUCUCAGGUCAGUGUUCCUCCAGCAUCACAUGAGGGGACUGUGAGGAGAGCUGUGUCUCAGCUGGAGGAGACGCUCAGGAACAUGAUGAAGACGCUGGUUGAAGUGAAGAUGAAGAAGCUGGUUCCUGAAACUGAGCUGAAGAGGGUCCAGAAGUUUGCAGUGGACGUGACUCUUGAUCCUGAAACGGUUCAUCAUAACCUCAUCCUGUCUGAUGAUGGGAAACAAGUGAAACUUGCUCAGGUACAUCAGCCACGUCUCCCCGACAAUCCACAGAGGUUCUCUCACGAUCCCUGUGUUUUAGGAACGCAGAAGUUCUCUUCAGAAAAACUUUAUUACGAGGUUCAAGUUAAACAAAAGACUGAAUGGAUUUUAGGAGUGACCAGAGAGUCGGUCAACAGGAAGGGAUUCAUCUCACUGAGUCCUCAGAACGGUUACUGGACUAUACGGGUGAGAAAUGGAAACGAGUAUAAAGCUCUUGCUGGUCCUCCAGUUGUUCUCUCCCUGAGGUCUGGGCCUCAGAAGGUGGGGGUGUUUGUGGACUAUGAGGAGGGUCUGGUCUCCUUCUAUGACGUAGAAGCUGCAGCUCUCAUCUACUCCUUUACUGGCUGCUCCUUCAAGGAGAAACUCCUCCCAUUCUUCUAUACUGGUCGUUAUCUUGAUGGUAUAAACUCUGCUCCUCUGAUCAUCUCUCCUGUUGGAGUAAACUAAUCACUUCUAGGGAUGGGCAUCGAGAACCGGUUCUGUUUUAGAACCGGUUCCCAGUGAACCGAUUGUUUGGGAUCGUCAGCCAAAUUCUUUAACGGUUCUGCUAACGGUCCUCUGUGG